AUGGCCAAGGGGAAAGAUGUCCGAAUAACGGUUAUUUUGGAAUGUACCGGUUGUGUUCGAAACGGUGUUAAUAAGGUAUCAACGGGUAUUUCCAGAUAUAUUACUGAAAAGAAUCGUCACAACACGCCUAAUCGAUUGGAAUUAAGAAAAUUCUGUCCAUUUUGUUACAAACAUACGAUGCAUGGGGAGAUAAAGAAAUAG